AUGCCUCCUCUCUCUCUAAGGUCUGCCUUCUUCUCCCUCGUACUGUUCACAGUCUUCCUCUGCUUCAACUCCUCCGUCAAUGGAGAGGAAGAGGGGACGGAGGGCUGCAGACUUACGUUGUCCUCGUUGAACCGCCCGAGCCGAUCGUUUUGCGAGCGCUGAGGAUAGGGGGCUGGUACGAGUCCUUCUUGUCCAAGGCGACGGCUGCAGCUGUCUCCGGCGGAUCGAGGAUGGUCCAUUCCUACAGCGAUCUUAUCGGCGGCUUCGCCGCCAGGUUGUCCGCUGCCGAGCUGAAGGCCGUGCAGGGGACGGAGGAGUUCAUCGCUGCCAUACCAAACAGGAUACUGCAACCACAGACAACCCACUCGCCAGGGUUCCUCGGUCUCAACCUCGCCGGUGGGCUCUGGAGCAACGCGCCAUCUGGUGACGGAGUCAUCAUCGGAAUGGUCGACACCGGGGCUGACGUCGGACAUCCUUCCUUCAGCGGCGAGGGGAUGCCGCCUCCGCCAGACAAGUGGAGGGAAAGUGCGAAGUCAACGCGGCCAGUUGCAACAACAAGCUCAUCGGGUACAAGGUGUUCUCCUCCGCCACUGACGCCGACGGCGACGACGCGUCGAAGGAACAGGUGGUGGACGACUUGGGGCACGGGACCCACACCGCCAGCACGGCCGCGGGGCUCCGGUGAUGGAUGUCAACGUCCUCGGCUACGGCAAUGGAACGGCCGUAGGCAUGGCUCCUCGGGCCCACCUCGCGUUGUACAAGGUCUGCUCGGCGUCUGGCUGCAGUAUAGCCGACAUAGUGAAGGCCAUGGACACCGCCGUGGAGGACGGCGUGGACAUUCUCUCCAUCUCCCUCGGGGGCGCUCUCUGCCUUUCUACGACGACGGUCUCGCAGUGGCGGCGUACCGGGCGACCCAGAGGCGGUGCUCGUCACCUGCGCCGCCGGCAACUACGGGCCUUACCCCGGAUCUCUCACCAACGAGGCCCCUGGGUGACGACGGUCGCCGCCAGCACGAUGGACAGGAGCUUGAGGACGACCGUGAGGCUCGGAGAGGGCAGGAGUUCGACGGCGAAUCCUCUUCCGGCCCACCGGCGGCCCCGCCGCAGAGCUUCCCUUGGUGUACCCUGCUCGCAACGGGGCCAGCUAUUGUACGAGUAGCUCCUCUCUGGUGUCGAUAUCAAGGGCAAGGUGGUGGUGUGCGACCGCGUCGGACCCAUUGGGAGAACGGCCAAGGCUCUGGUCGUCCAGGAGGGUGGCGGCGUCGGCAUGAUACUGGCUAAUGAGCUCCCCGACGAUUACAGCACCGUCGCCGACGUCUACUCCAUCCCCGCCGCAAACCUAGCUUACUACGACGCAUCAAAAGUCAGGGCUUACGCCGACUACUCUCACAACGCAACAGUAUCCUUCUAUGUCAAGGGGACACUCAUCGGGACGUCACCGUCGCCGGCGGUCGCCUCAUUUUCCUCACGGGGACCGAGCCACGCCAGCCCGGGGAUCCUCAAACCAGACAUCACCGGCCCCGGAGUCAACAUCAUCGCUGCAUGGCCCUUCAAGGUGAGCACCGGCGCCGCCGCCUCGUCGUCCAAGUUCAACUUCAACGUCAUGUCCGGCACCUCCAUGUCGACGCCGCACCUCACUGGAAUCGCCGCGCUGGUGCGGAGCGCCCACCCGAGCUGGUCCCCGGCGGCAGUAAAAUCAGCGAUCAUGACCACGGCCGACGCGGUUGACCGAAGCGGGGAAGGCAUAAGGGACGAGAAACUCCAGCUGGCAAGCCUCUUCGCCACCGGCGCCGGGCACGUAAACCCAUCGAGAGCUACCGAUCCUGGUUUGGUUUACGACAUCCAGGCCGAUGACUACAUUCCCUAUCUCUGCAGUCUGGGGUAUCCUGACCGCAAGAUGGGGGCCAUUGUCGGCCGGCGCAUCCGCUGCUCGGACUGGAAGCACGGCGGCGCCGCCAAUCUGAACUACCCUUCCUUCUCGGUGUCCCUGCACAGCGGAAACAGAACGAUGAUGACGUGGCGGACGGCGACCAACGUGGGGAGGCGAACUCCGUUUACUCCAUCAAGGUGGAGGAACCGGCGGGGGUGGCGGUGGCGGUGAGCCCGGAGACUCUCCGCUUCUCGGAGGUGAACGAGAAGGUGAGCUUCACGGUGACCUUCAGCAGCACCGGCGGCGCCGCCGGCCGCUUCGCCGAAGGGCACCUAAUGUGGGUCUCCCGAAACGCGUCGUGA